AUGGAGAGAAGAGACGAGGAUUGCAAAUAAUAAGGGCAAUUUAAUCAAAAGGAUGAUAAGUGCAUCUAUAUCUCGUUCACGAUAUCCUUUAAUGUUUUAUUUGGAGGUCUAUUUUACUAUUAUUCGCUAAAUACUAGUAAUGAUCAAUGUACAUUGUUGAAGCAAACCGCUUUAUAUUUCACAUUAUAUUGUUCCUGCAGCAUCAUAUUAUCCAUUCUAACUCUUAUUGGAAAUAAGACAUUCAACGUCAUCACAACUAUUGAAGGUCUGAUUAGAAUGUUAUUUUUGGUUUCGUUUUUGAUUGCUUAUUUCUACAGUUUCUAAUGCUAUCAUCUUUAAUCACUCACGCUUAUAUAUUUGACCUUACACGCAUUACUAUUUUUUAUUACUUGUAUGAAAUCUUCAAUAAAUAAAACUAAAUAACUAUGA